GCUUCUUUUGUUCCGGCUUCUCUCAGUCCUCACUAUAAAUGCCAGAGUCCCGCGAUCGCUCGCCAAUCAGCAGGUUGUGCAUCGUCGGAACCAAGUCGACACAGUUCCUUGAUUAGUUACCGGUAACACAACUCACUACAGAAACGGGGAAAAAGAGAGAGACUACAUAAUAGGGGAAAGAAAAUCAGGUGACAAAACAGGAGUGACUCAAAAGCAGAGGCAGAGUGAGAGACGGCCUCCCUACUCGAACCGAGGUGAUAAAAUGAAUUCGGACUCUGAUUCGAGCAGAUCCUCCUCGCCGGACGUGGACGAGAUGUACGCCCGCAAAACUUUCGCGUCCUCGGGCCAGAACGAGUUCACAGCAAAGAUGGCCAGCGAGCACUUGUCACGAAGCGGCGUGGACCGGACAUCAGCGAGCGUCGGCAGUAAAUACAAGCUUAAGAAACAAGUCACCGAGGAGGAGAUGCAACAGCUGCGCCUGAAGAUCAACGGGCGGGAGCGCAAACGCAUGCACGACUUGAACCUGGCCAUGGACGGCCUGCGAGAGGUCAUGCCGUACGCGCACGGGCCGUCAGUGCGGAAGUUGUCCAAGAUCGCCACGCUACUGCUGGCGCGGAACUACAUCCUAAUGCUAAAUAGCUCUCUGGACGAGAUGAAGAGGCUGGUGGGAGAGAUCUACGGUGGUGGCCAUCACGCAGCUUUCCAUUGCGGCGCCGCGGCGAGUCACGGGACCGCGCACGCGCCCGGCCCGGCAGCACCCACGAUGCACCACGCGCUUCUCGGAGGCGCUCUAGCACCGCCUACAUCCUCCGCCGCGCUGUCUGCCGCACUGCCCGCGCUCAGCUCCAUUCGGGCGCCUCAGACCUUGAUGAAAACGCCACCGACGCCUCCACUCUCAGUUGGCACCGGUUUCCAGCACUGGGCAGGACUGCCGUGUCCCUGUGCCAUCUGCCAGGUGCCGCCACCCGUCGCACACGUGCCCAUCACCUCCACGGGACUCACGAGACUUUCCGUCGACAAGGAGGCGAUGAAGUGACUAUAUUCAAAUGUCAUCAUGUAAAUUGUAUAUGGGCUGGACUCGAAGAAAAAAAUAACUUGCAUGAUGUGUAUCGUUUGUAUAUUUGUUAUUUUGUUUAUUUUAUUUUCACUAAAUCAGAAUUCACUCCUUGUAACAAGGAUCUUGUCAAAUGCUAUGUAAAUGAAUUGCUUGCGCGUAUUUUAUCCACUGUAAAUAAUGUGAAGGCACCCGAAGAUCCACAUGUUUAAAUGUUAUCUGCGCUUUAUAACGUUGCUUUGUACGUGUUGAUCGUGAACGUGGGAGGAAA